AUGGAUUUAUUUCUGUCGUUGCUUGCCUUUCUUUCCCCUUUGAUUUUCGCCGCAUCACCAGAUUAUUGUCCGCUUCUGGGACCCAUCUUGCCGCCCCCGAGAGCACUCUCGACAAGCAGCGCAUUCCUCGCCGCAAAGAACAACAUCUCCUCGGCUCUCGAGGCAGCCAUAGCAGGAACGUCCCCUCUCAAUGACGUCUUUGACCCUAACACCACAUCGUUUGCCAUCCAAGUCUUUUCGACGAAUGACGCGGAACCCCUUUUCGAAUCCUACUAUACCGCUCCAAAUGUCAACACUUCUGUAGGAGUUAAUGUAGUGAAUGAGGAUACCGUGUUUCGCAUUGGUAGUGGCUCAAAAAUAUGGACAAUCUUGUUGAUGCUCAUCGAACGAGGGGAUAUGGUGUUUCGCGAUCCGGUGGCAAAGUAUGUCCCAGAGAUCCGAAGAAUGAGCACCAAUCCACCUGGGAAUGAAAUUGAUUCAGUGCGCUGGAAGGAGGUGACAAUCGGGCAGCUGGCAAGUCACCUAGCAGGGGUAUCGCGAGACUACGGGUUCGUUGAUCUAGCCACAUUGCUGCCUGAUCCGAGUGCAAUUGGCCUUCCUGAGCUUUCGGCAGCCGAGUUCCCCCCAUGCGGUACGCCAGGCAGGCCUUGUGAUCGAAAACGAUUUUUCGACGGCUUCUUGAAGAGACACCCCGUCGUUCCGACUGCGUCCACACCUGUCUACUCAAAUGCAGCAUUCCAGAUACUGGGAUACGCACUGGAAGCAAUGACCGGUCAAAGCUACCAGACGCUCUUGUCUCGGGAUCUCAUUCGCCCGCUCAACCUCACCCGCUCCAGCUACAACAAGCCAGCGGACAGACUUGGAGUCAUUCCCGGCGAUGUAGAGACCACGUGGUGGACCUACUCACUCGGCGAUGAGACACCUACCGGUGGCCUCUACUCGUCGACCAAGGACGUGGCCACCCUUGGCCGCGCCAUUCUUGACAGCCGGCUACUUUCCAGCUCCCUCACUCGACGCUGGCUAAAGCCGGCUAGUCACACGUCCUCACUAGGCCUGGCCGUCGGGGCGCCUUGGGAGAUCUACUCGUUUCCCUCCUCACGAGUGGUCGAUCUCUACGCCAAAGCCGGAGAUCUGGGAUCGUACUCAUCCAUGCUUGCUUUGUCCCCAGACCACAAGGUCGGCUUCACCAUACUGAUAGCCGGCACAAACACACAUUGGACGACUGCCUAUCUGUCCGAUCUCCUUGCAAACUCGCUUCUUCCCGCGCUCGACGAAGCGGCGAAAGAGGAGGCGAUCCCGAGAUUCGUGGGAUCCUAUUUUGCGAGGAACUCCUCAUCCUCCUUGACCAUCACCACGGAUGACGGCCCUGGACUGAAGGUCGAAACAUGGCUCAAUGAGGGCAACGAUAUGUUUAACACACUUUCAUUGCUUGUGGGCGCGUCUAUUACGGAUCUCAGCGUGCGGCUGUAUCCGACCGAACUGAAGGCACCAGGGCGGGUGUCUUUCCGGGCGGUCUUUCGGGAUUUGAGUUUGGGAGUCGAUGGGAUUGGUCCGUUCAGUCGAGCAUGCGCGACCUGGUUCCUUGUGGACGCUUUUGUGUAUGGAGCCGUUGGGCUCGACGAGUUUGUGUUUGAUGUGGACAAACAGGGAAAGGCCGUUGCAGUCGAGGCGAGGGGGGUGAGGAUGAUCUUGAAAGAGGGAGAACUGGCUAUGACGCCUCACAUUAGUAUACUGUACCUCGAAGAGGAAGCUGCCAGUCCACGUGUCUGCCGUUGA